GAUCUCUCGUAGCAGCACUUAUCAGGAGAAUUGGCCAAAGGCCCAAAUUGUGGAAUUGGAAAUUUCAGACGAUAGGUUUAAGGGAAAGAGGUGAGCGACCGAAGAUUGAGAAAGGCAAGCCGGCAGCCGUGAAGCGACGCAUUAGAUCGAUGAGAUGGAACCAUUGAUGAUAACGGUAUUACUUGGAGAUGGGUGGAAUGAAACGAAAGAAUUUAGAAUAAAAGCAACUCAUGGUAUGCUCCUGUACUCCGUAACAACGUAUGCGGCUCUUCUUACACAACUGAGGGAGGUAUUACAUAUUGAUGAGGGGGUAUCUGAGCUGCAUAUCUCAUACCUCAUUGACUCUAGUUUCACACCCACAAUUAUUGAAAGUGAUACAAGUCUGGCCUUUUACUUACAACUCAAGGGCAUGGAGAAGGAUAAAAUUGGAAAAUAUCCCAUGUGCGUACAAGUUAAAGGGACGGGCAUGCAAUCUGAAGAGAAUGUUGGGGUGAUGUUGUGUGCAGAUGAUAGUAGUUCUGUUAGAAUUGAGCCAGAGUGUGAAAAAAUGAGCAUGAUUAGUGAUGCACAACCACUUUUUACUGAAAAUGUGUGCAAUGGAAGUGCGCCACCUGAGUUGUUGGGCUCAACUCUAAAAAUGAGCAUAAUUAGUGAUGCACAACCACUUUGUACUGAAAAUGUGUGCAAUGGAAGUGCGCCACCUGAGUUGUUGGGCUCAACUCUACGAAUUGGUGCGAAUUAUCCCAGCAAAGAAUACUUCAAGGAGACACUGCAAAUGUAUGCCAUUGAAAAAAAGUUUCAGUUUGUUACAAAAACGUCUCAUCCGAAUGUAUUGCACGUCGUGUGUAUUGACCACCCUGCAUGCAAGUGGGCAGUAAGAGGGGUAAAGUUGAAAGAAACAGAUUGUUUCGAAGUCAGAAGGUUCGAUGACAUACAUACAUGCUCAAUUGAUCAUAGAUUAAGUGGCACUCGUCAGGCGAGUGCAGCUUUGAUUGGGAAAUUGGUGAAACACGAGUACCUGAAUGCAUCAGGAAAACCAUAUCAGCCAAAAUCAAUAAUGUCAGAGUUGGAAAGGAAAUUGGGAGUGAAGAUGAAUUACAAAAAAGCAUGGAGGGGGAAGGAGUGUGCGCUCCGAUGGGAAAUUGGUGAAACAGGAGUACCUGGAUGCAUCAAGAAAACCAUAUCAGCCAAAAUCAAUAAUGUCAGAGUUGAAAAGGAAAUUGGGAGUGAAGAUGAAUUACAAAAAAACAUGGAGGGGGGAGGAGUGUGCGCUCCGAGCGCUAACGGAGAGAUUGUUUCAAAACAAAAGUGUGGGAGGUGUAGACAAUAUGGGCACAAUCAGAAGACUUGUAAUAAGCCGCUACCACUCUAGUUUUGGUUUACUUUGUGAGCUGCAAGCCUGCAAUUCAGGGUGAUAGUUGAGGUUUCAGUUAUAAGACUUGUCCAGUUUGAUUAUAUAUUUGGAGUGAAGUGCAACUUGAAUAAUGUUUGUGAUAUGUGUAGAUGAAUUUAGCAAUAUUGUCAAGUCAAUGUUAUCAUUUGAUAGAGUGUAGGCAUUGGUGGGAGAAGCUGCUAUUAGUUUUGUGUAGUAUGGUACUCCGUAUUAUUUUACCUUACAAAAUGAUGUUAAAGUUAAUAGUUAUUCCAAGAUUUAGCUGAAGACAGUAGUGAC